AUGCAAAAGCCUGCAUCGUCAUCGUCUUGUUCCAGUAAUCCUUCUCCCAUUCAACAAUGCCGUCCUCGCCGUCAAAGCGUGUCCAUUGCGGCUGCCGCUUCCGCCAACAGAAAAGACGACUCGUAUUUGACAGCUGGCACCUCUUUGACACCAUGGAAAAGCGCUGAUAGCUUAAUAUCGACCAGCCAUGACCAGUCAUCAUCAUCGCCAUCAUCAUCAUCAAGAAAGAAGGAUAUGCAUAAUCUUUUUACGGAUAAUGUGCCAUGGAGUAUCACCCAACGGCUACGUAAAUUCUCCCUAUCACGGCCUACUUCAUCAUCAGCAGCAUCGUCUUCUUCCUCCAAACACCCAACGACACCCACUGUUGUGGAGACACAUACCAUCAACAAGGAUUAUGAUCCAACGACAGGCAAUAAGAUACUCAACAGCAAAUACAUGAUCGUUCGUGAAAUCGGUCGAGGCGUACAUGGCAAGGUCAAAUUGGCUGAGGAUAUUGAAUCACAUGAUCUCGUGGCUAUCAAGAUUGUUGAUAAGAGAGCACGGCAAAGGCAACUUGGAUACAAUUUGCUUCGAGGAGGUGGAGGUGGUGGUAAUAAUGUAAAUGGAUCUGGUGGACACAUGAAUGCUACAAGGCGCCUGGCGGAUCAAUAUCGAGAAAACGAGCAAAAGAUCAGAAGGGAAAUUGCUAUCCUGAAAAAGUGUGCACACCCACAUGUUGUUCGAUUAUUGGAAGUGAUGGAUGAUCCAGCGAGCCACAAAUUGUAUAUGGCUCUCGAAUACAUGGAAGGAGGUGAGAUCCAAUGGCGAGAUGAAAAUGAAAUGCCGGUAAUGGUUAUGGAAGAGACUCGAUCCAUCUUCCGCAGCGUUGUCAGUGGUCUGGACUAUCUGCAUUAUCAAGGCAUCAUCCAUCGUGAUAUCAAGCCUGCGAAUCUAUUACUGACACGUGAUCGGGUGGUCAAGAUUUCAGAUUUUGGUGUAUCUUAUCUCAAUGAGCAUUUGGCGGGCAAUCAACAUUCGAUACGAGAGGAGGAAGAAGAGGAGGAGGAGGAAGAUGGAUGUUGUGAUAAGAUCGAUCGAGAACUUGCAGAAACAGCUGGCACACCGGCUUUUUUCGCUCCCGAACUUUGCUCGACAGGGGGAGAAGAUAUGGGUGAUAUCAACAACACAAGCCAUCGACGCCGUCAUCGCAUUACGAAGGCUAUUGAUAUAUGGGCACUCGGUGUCACGUUAUACUGCUUUGUCUUUGGACGGUGCCCCUUUACAGCAGCAAAUGAAUUUGAGCUCUUCAACAAUAUCCCAAGGGAACCAUUACAAUUUCCGGACCCAAAUGAGAUUGGAUUUGAUAUUUCAGAUGCACUCAAGGAUUUAUUAUAUCGAUUAUUGACCAAGGAUCCAGAAAAGAGGAUAACCCUUGAGCAGGUUAAGCAUCAUCCAUGGGUGAUUGGAGAUCUUGAUCAUCCAGAGCAAUGGUGGCAAGAAGCUGAUCCAUGUCGGUACAAAGCUGUGGAAGUUACGGAUGAUGAAGUAAACCAUGCGGUGACAAUGAUGGAUCGAAUCCGUAAAUCCAUUCAAAAGUUAUCAUCAUCGCUUUCGCAUUUGACACAAGGAAUCACUCGUAAACGAUCCAAAACAGUAUCCUACUCUUCUACCAAUGACAAAAUCACUCCACCACCAUCAGCGCCUCAAUCUGCAACACCAACGAGUGGCAGCAACAACAACAAACAGCAUCAAAAUCACUCAUCAUCACCAUCAUCUUAUCACCGACCCCAUUCCUCCUUAUCCGAUGAUACCAUGCAAAGCUCACGUUACCCAUUGGAACAUCAACCAUCAACCACCACCACAAGUUAUGAGGAGAACUCAAAUGGAUACUAUGGCGACGACCGACCCACAUUAGAUAGAGAAGUGUCAACAGCAUCCUCAUCCUCGGACAUGCCCAUUAUGAUAGGCCGUUAUCGUGGUGGAUUGGAUUUGAAAGGAUAA